CGGUGGGCGCGAGGUAUGCAAAUUUAUGGAAAACGCAUGUUAAUGAGGUGUCUGCAGUUGCUGCGGGGUAACACCCCGGGAGGUGGGGGCGAACGGAGACAGGACCCCGGAGGGCGACACACAGGGGUCACGGGUGGGGGAACAUGGGUGGGGGCCACACAGGGGUCACGGGCGGGGCACACGAGCCCCACCCCGGGCGCGGCGGGGCCGGGGCGGUCCCGGAGUGGUGGCGUGGCCGGCUCCGUCCCACGCCCCACGCCCCGGCCCCCGCCCCACGCCCCCGCCCCGCCGUGCGGAAGCGCUGGGCGGUGGCGGCGGCCUCGGAGCGCAGGUCCUGCCAUGAACCCCCCGCCUCGCCGGGUGCGGCUGAAGCCGUGGCUGGUGGCACAGGUCAACAGCCAGCGCUACCCGGGGCUGCAGUGGCUGGACGCUGAGCGGCGGCGCUUUGCCAUCCCCUGGCGCCAUGCCACCCGCCACCCCCCAGCCCCUCAGGACCACGACAACAUCUUCAAGGCCUGGGCACAGGAGACGGGCAAGUUCACGGAGGGGGUGGACGAGCCGGACCCAGCUAAGUGGAAGGCCAACCUGCGCUGCGCCCUCAACAAGAGCCGCGAGUUCCGCCUGCUCUUUGACGGCACCAAGGCCACCCCGAUCCAGCCCUACAAGGUCUACGAGCUCUGCCAGGGGCCAGCUGAUGGCGCAGAUGGAGUGGCUGAGGAUGACUAUGGCUGCGUUGGGGAGGAGGAUGUCAGCCAGCUCCAGAAGAUGACAUCUCUGAGCAUCAAAGAUACCCGGCAUGGGGGGGAUCUGCUACCCUCCUACCCCUGGCCCAAGGAGGAGCCACACUUCGGCAGCGGCUGCCCCCCAGGGCCCUUUGCACCGCCCCUCCAAGCACUGCUCCCUGCUGAGGUGGGGGACACCCAUGGGACCCCCGAACUGGCCCCUGCCACCCUAAGCGAGACGGGGCCACCCCUGGGCACGCUGGGGCCCCCGUCCACCUGCCCGAUAGCACCCAUGGAGCACAUCAUCCCCAACCUGCUCAUCAGCCCCCACAUGCUGCCAUUGACCGACCUGGAGAUCAAGUUCCAGUACCGGGGCCGUCAGGUCUGCGUCCUCACCAUCAGCAACCCCCAUGGCUGCCGCCUCUUCCACAGCAGCCUGGAGCCCACGCAGGAGCAGGUGGAGCUCUUUGGGCCACUGACACUGGAGCAGGUCCGCUUCCCUGCCACUGAUACCAUCCCCAACGAGAAGCAGCGUUUCUACACCCACCAGCUCCUGGAUGUGUUGGACCGCGGGCUCAUCCUGGAGCUGCAGGGCCAGGACAUCUACGCCAUCCGCCUCUGCCAGUGCAAGGUCUUCUGGACGGGGCCCUGUGCCACCCACAGUGCUGGCCCCAACCCCAUUGAGAGGGAGAAGAAGACCAAGCUCUUCAGCCUUGAGGGGUUUCUCAAUGGCCUCAUCCUGUUCCAGAAGGGCCAGACCAUGACCCCCCCACCCUUCGAGAUCUUCCUCUGCUUCGGCGAAGAGUGGCCGGACCAGAAACCCAAGGAGAAAAAGCUUAUCACGGUGCAGGUGGUGCCGGUGGCGGCACGGCUGCUGCUGGAGAUGUUCUCAGGAGAGCUGUCCUGGUCAGCCGACAGCAUCCCCCUGCAGAUCUCCCACCCUGACCUCAAGGACAAGAUGGUGGAGCAGUUCAAGGAGCUUCACCAGCUCUGGCAGAACCAGCAGCGGCUGCCACCGGUGCAGCCAGAGCCCAGACCCGCUGCCGGAGCCUGGGUGCUGCCACCAGGCUCCCUGCCCCAGUGAUAAGGGAACACAUAGGGACACACGGGCCACCUGUGGCACCGUCAAGCCUGUUGGAGUGGUGGAUCCCCGUUCUGUCACCCCAUGGCCGUCCAGGCCGAUGGAGCUGGGGCCACCCAGCACCAUCCCCAUCCAUGCCCCUGUCCCUCCGGAGCUACCAGUGAUGAGCACCCGCUGGGUCCCAAGGGAGGACGGCACCAUGACCACGUGCCCUGGGGAGGCUUUGCUGAGGCUGGACCGUUGGAGAAGUUGAACCUACCUCUCUGGGGCUGCCCCGUCCUCCCGUAGUGUGGGGGGGGAAACGGCAAGAAAACUGUGCCAGGAUGGGACCUGCCCCCCCGGCACUGGCACGGCUGGGGCUGCAGCUCGGCCCACCCAAACAGCAAAGCCAGGCACAGCCCUGAGAGAAGAACCAGGCCGGGACUUGGGUUUUUAAUUUAUUUUUUCAGUUUUUUGUUGUUUUUAUUGUUCUCGAGAUGGCUACACACCCCCGGAGGGAACAGCAUGCGCUCCAGCCGUGCCCGCAGGCCCCACGCCGACCCUCUCCCAGCCCCGUCCCUGCACUCGCUCGAGCUGUGUCCUCCCCGCACGCUCCAACCCUAAAAUAAACCAAAUAAAACCAACAAAAAAAUCCCCCCCAAACAUAAAACCCCCCAAACAAAAAAACAACCUAAAAAAGAAGAAAAAAAUAUAAUAUAUAUUUAAAGAGUC